CGUCGUGUCCCCACUCGCGUCCAGCUGGGGCCUGAGCCGGGGCCUUGUCGCAGCGCAGGGCGGGCGCGUUGUGUGCGGGACCCGCCGGGGCCGCAGUCCGAUCCCGCGGGGCGUCCUCCCGAGGCACACCCGGGCCUCCGCUACGGCGCCGACGAGCAGUGCCGCGUCGCCUUUGGCCCUGCAGCAGUCGCCUGCACUUUCACCAGGGGGCACCUCGACAUGUGCCAGGCUCUCUCCUGCCACACAGACCCUCUGGACCAAAGCAGCUGUAGUCGCCUCCUCAUUCCUCUGCUGGAUGGGACGGAGUGUGGUGUGGAGAAGUGGUGUUCCAAGGGUCGCUGCCACUCCCUGGAGGAGCUGGCCCCUGUGGGGGCAGUACACGGGCACUGGUCCAGCUGGGGCUCCCCCAGUGCGUGCUCCCGCUCCUGUGGAGGGGGUGUGGUCACCAGGAGGCGGCAGUGCAACAAUCCCAGACCUGCCUUUGGGGGGCGUGCGUGCACAGGUGCUGAUCUCCAGGCUGAAAUGUGCAACACCCAGGCCUGCGAGGGGACCCAGCUGGAGUUCAUGUCGGAGCAGUGCGCCCAGACUGACCAGAAGCCGCUGCAGCUCUCCCCAGGCAGCACCCCCUUCUACCGCUGGGGCGCUGCUGUGCAGUACAGCCAAGGGGACCCUCUGUGCCAACUCAUGUGCUGGGCCAUCGGCGAGAGCUUCAUUGUGAGGCGUGGGGACAGGUUCCUGGACGGGACCCGGUGUGUGCCAAGUGGCCGGCGGGAGGACGGGGCCCUGAGCCUGUGUGUGUCGGGCAGCUGCAGGACAUUCGGCUGUGAUGGCAGGAUGGACUCCCAGCAGGUGCGGGACAUGUGCCAGGUGUGUGGAGGGGACAACAGCACGUGCAGCCUCCAGAAAGGCUCGUUCACAGGUGGAAGGGCCAGAGAGUAUGUCACCUUCCUGACAGUCACCCCCAACCUGACCAGUAUAUACGUCAUCAACCAGAGGCCUCUGUUCACGCACUUGGCGGUGAGGAUCCGAGGGCGCUACAUUGUGGCUGGGACUUCGAGCAUCUCCCCCAGCACCACCUAUCCCUCCCCACUGGAGGACAGCCGCGUGGAGUACAAAGUGGCCCUUGCUGAAGACCGGCUGCCCCGCCUGGAGGAGAUCCGCAUCCAGGGCCCCACCCGGGAAGACAUGGAGCUCCAGGUUUACAGGCGCUAUGGCGAGGAGUACGGGGACCUCACCCACCCAGACAUCACCUUCACCUACUUCCAGCCUAAGCAGCAGCAGGCCUGGGCAUGGGCCGCCGUGCGGAGGUCCUGCUCGGUGAGCUGUGGGUCAGGACUGCGCUGGGUGACCUACAGCUGUCUGGACCGGGCCAGGAACCAGUGGGUGGAGGCUGCCCAGUGCAGAGGGCACCCACAGCCUGCAGCCUGGCAGGAGUCCUGCGUCCGCGAGCCCUGCCCUGCCUACUGGGCGGCUGGAGACUUUGGCCAGUGCAGCGCCUCGUGCGGGGGUGGCCUGCGGGAGCGGGAGGUGCGCUGCAUGGAGGCCCAGGGCGGCCUCCUGAGGAUGCUGCCCCCGGCCCGGUGCAGGGCCCUGGCCCAGCAGCCAGCUGAGGUGGAAACCUGCAACUCACAGCCCUGCCCUGGCAGGCAGGAGGGGUCAGGCGCAUGCUCAUCCGCCUGUGGAGCAGACCUGGACGCACGGAAUGUGACGUGCGUGCAGGGGGCAGAUGGCCUGGAGGCACCAGUGACUGCGGGGCCCUGCUCCACAGAUGGCAGGCUGCCUGCCCUCGAGCCCUGUGUGGCUGUGGCGUGUGCCCCGGCCUGGGGCCAUCUGGACCCCCAGUCUCCAGGGGAGGGGGCUACACCCCCCUUGGACAGUGCCAGCCUGGGGGCUCGUGUGACGCACGUGUGGACUGCCCUGGUGGGGCUGUGCUCUGUCUCCUGUGGUCGAGGUCUGAUGGAGCUGCAUUUUGCAUGCAUGGACUCCACCCUCAGGACUCCUGUUCAGGAAGAGCUGUGUGACCAGGCAAGCAAGCCUGGAAGCCGGCAGGAGGUCUGCCAGGCUGCCCCGUGCCCAGCUCGGUGGGAGACCCGAGCCUUGGCACCAUGCCCAGUGACUUGUGGAGGGGGUCAGGUGCCACUGGCUGUUCGCUGUGUGAGGCAGGACCGUGGCCACCCCGUCCCCCUGCCUCACUCCAAGUGCUGGCCACUGCCCCGGCCCAGCCCCCUUGAGGACUGCAGCCUGGAGCCCUGCCCUGCCAGGUGGCAGUACAAGCUGGCGGCCUGCAGCGUGAGCUGUGGGGGAGGCGUCGUGCAGAGGAUCCUGUACUGUGCCCGGGCCCACGGGGUGGACAGAGACGAGGAGAUCCUGCCAGAUACUCGGUGCCAGGGGCUGCCUCGCCCACAGCAGCAGGAGGCCUGCAGCCCGGAGCCCUGCCCACCCAGGUGGAAAAUCACGUCCCUUGGUCCAUGCUCAGCCAGCUGUGGCCUCGGCACUGCCACACGCUCUGUGGCCUGUGUGCAGCUCGACCGAGGCCAGGAUACAGAGGUGGACGGGGCGGCCUGUGCAGCUCUGGCGCGGCCACAGGCCAGCAUCCCUUGUGUCAUUGCUGACUGUACCUACCGGUGGCAUGUCAGCGCCUGGACACAGGGUCGGCCCCAACUCGCUCUCUUUCCUGGCAGUGCUCUGCCUCCUGCGGGGAUGGCAUCCAGCGCCGGCAUGAUGCCUGCCUUGGACCCCAGGCCCAGGCGCCUGUGCCAGCCGACUUCUGCCAGCACUUGCCCAAGCCAGCGACAGUGCGGGGCUGCUGGGCUGGACCCUGUGCUGGGCAGGGGACCCCCAGCCCAGUGUCCCAAGAGGAAGCCACUGCUCCAGGCCAGACCACAGCUGCCCCUGCUGGUGCUUCCCUGGCAUGGCCCCAGCCCUGGGCCCACAGCCUGCCCCCAGCUGUCCAGCCACAGGGACUCCUGCCAGGGCCCCAAGAAAGCACAGCUGAGUGCGUGUGGCCAGCAGCACCUUGAGCCAACAGGAACCAUUGACAUGCGAGGCCCAGGGCAGGCUGACUGUGCAGUGGCCAUCGGGCGGCCCCUGGGCGAGGUCGUGACCCUCCAGGUCCUUGAGAGUUCCCUCAAUUGCAGCGCUGGGGAGAUGCUGCUGCUUUGGGGCAGGCUCACGUGGAGGAAGACGUGCAGGAGGCUGACCGGCAUGACUUUCAGCUCCAAAGCCAACACGCUAGUGGUGAGGCAGCGCCGCCUGCAGCCAGGCGGCGGCAUUGUGCUGCGGUAUAGGAGCCGGCCUGCCCCAGGACCCUCCCACAAAGAAUGUGAUGUGCAGCUGUUUGGACCUCGGGGUGAAAUCACGAGCCCCUCAAUGAUUCCAGGCAGGAGGAGCACGGGGGGCUGCCGUGUCUUCAUCAAUGUGGCUCCAAGGGCGCGGAUCGCCAUCCAUGCCUUGGCUACCAACAUGAGCAUGGGAAAUGAUGCCGCCUAUAUCCUGAUCCGGGACAUCCACAGCCUGAGGACCACAACAUUCCGUGGACAGCAGGCGCUCUACUGGGAGUCAGAGGGUAGCCAGGCUGAGAUGGAGUUUAGCCAGGGCUUCCUGGAGGCUCAUUCCAGACUGCGGGGCCAGUACUGGACCCUCGGAUCUGGAACACCCGAGCCGGGCUGGGCCCUGCCCUAGAUUCCUCUCCAAGCCCUUGUCUCCCUGCGCCCUGGAAGGCGGAGGAAGGAACCUGACCUUUACGAGCGCCUCUUGGGUGCCUGGGCAGCCCCCGAGAGCUGAGAGCUGACUCUGGUCUCAGUACUUUCCAAUUUGAAUUCCUUCCAAUCCUAAGUAUCUCCUUUAGGGCCUCCAGCAUGCAUAAGGCCGGGCGGUGGUAGGCGAGGACCCCAGAAAGGCAGCCCCAGGCCUCUACGAAUAAACGGAACGUGCGGACUGUGUGGCGUUUCCGUCUCAUAACCUGUCCAAACGGCGUGAAAACCUCCACGACCUUGCGGGAGCUCCUCGUCGCGGCCGGGCGCCAGACCCAGUCCUGACCUGAGCGAGCCCCUCGCCACCGCUAGCGGUCCUCCUCCCCCUGCCCCCGGAGAGGGAGGGGGAAGGGAGCGCGGAG